GCAGUCACUGUCACGAUCCGUGAUGUUGACAUUCCCGUCGUGAAGCCUGGCCAAGUGUUGAUCAAGGUGGUUGUAUCUGGUACUAACCCAAAAGAUUGGAAAUUGCCAACAUGGCUGCCAGAUGCACCUGCUGCGAACCAGGGUGAUGAUAUUGCUGGCUACAUUGAGGCUGUUGGGGAGGGAGUUCUAAAUUUCAGGAAGGGCGAUAGGGUGGCCGCUUUCCAUGAGAUGCUUACAUCUGGGGGCAGCUAUGCAGAGUAUGCGAUUGCCUGGGCCCACACGACCUUCCACCUGCCCGAGAAAACCAGCUUUGAAGAGGCUGCCACGGUUCCUCUCGCUGCCAUGACGUCAGCUAUUGGACUUUUUCAGGAGCUGAAUUUGCCGCUUCCUUGGAAUCCUGCAACGGAGUCGCUGCCUCUAGUUGUGUAUGGAGGUUCUUCAGCUGUAGGAGCUUUCGCGAUCAAAUUGGCUCGUCUCUCAAACAUCCACCCUAUCAUCGCAGUGGCCGGCAAAGGUGCCUCGUACGUCGAAACUCUGAUUGACCGCUCCAAGGGCGAUACGAUCAUCGACUACCGUGAAGGGGAUGAAGCAGUUCGCAAAAACAUCAAAUCUGCUGCUGAUGGCCUGCCAAUUCACUAUGCAUAUGACGCGGUCUCCGAGAAGGGGUCCUACCAUAACCUAGGCGCAGUGCUUACUGCACCGGCGAAGAUCACUGUGGUCCUCCCAGGAAUCGAUUCCAAGGAAAUCCCCGAGGGAGUCCGGUUGUCGACCACAAACGUUGGGUCAGUUCACCAACCUGCAGCCGCAGGAAAGACGGUCGGUAACAUCGAGUUUGGUGCUGCAUUCUUCGCCCUUUUCGGGAGGGGAUUGGGCCAGGGUUGGUUCACGGGCCAUCCUUACGAGGUGCGCCCCAAUGGACUGGCCGGACUUGAAGGAGCAUUGAAAGACUUGCAAGCUGGCAAUGCUUCAGCGGUAAAGUAUGUUGUGCGUAUCGCCGAGACACCAGGACUGUAGGGGGCGCAAUGAAUUGAC